AUGGAUCUCCACGGACGAACAACUUCAUCUGCUGCGUCUGCCGAAGCCAUCGACGGUCGUCUGAGUGUGAACAACACCGAGCAUCGUAUACAUCUCAACGCGGCCGAUCGAACUCUUGCGACACAGUUUGGAUACAAACCUGUCUUCCAGCGCCAGUUCGGCUUUCUUUCCACCUUCUCGUUCGCUGUCAGCAUCUCUGGACUCUUCUCCACCGUCACGACGACCUUUGUCUACCCGCUAUACGCUGGUGGCUCAGCAUCCGCCGUUUGGUGCUGGCUGAUCUCCGGCGCAGGUUGCAUGUGUAUUGCAGCCUCGGUCGCCGAAAUUGUGUCUGCUUACCCGACCUGCGGAGGCCUAUACUACAGCGUAUCUCGACUGGCUCCUCAGAGAUGGGUUCCGUCUAUCAGCUGGCUGGUGGGCUGGACGAAUCUGUUAGGCCAACUCACUGGGCUGGCUUCGUCCGAGUACGGCGCUGCACAAAUCCUCCUUGCCGCCGUGUCUAUGGGCCGAGACUUUGACUGGUAUCCCACCACGGGCACGACGGUAGGAGUUAUGGCCGCUCUUACUGUCCUGAGUGGUAUCGUUAAUUCGCUGCCUACCUCGUGGAUAGAGAGACUAACCAGCACUUACGUGAUUGCUCACUUUUCGCUGUUACUUGCGUGCGCUAUCGCACUUCUUGUAAAGACAGAGCAUAAACAUAACGCCAGCUACGUGUUUACGAACGUCGAUGCCGAGUCUGGCUGGACUCCAGGAUUUUCUUUUCUGCUCGGCUUUUUGUCCGUAUCCUGGACUAUGACAGGAUAUGAUUCGACGGCUCAUAUUAGCGAAGAAAUCAAAGAUCCCGCAAUCCUGGCCCCUAGAGCCAUCUUCCUCGCCAUGAGCUGUACCUAUAUCCUCGGCUGGCUAUUCACUAUCGUUCUCUGCCUAUGUAUGGGCGAUAUCGACAGUAUCCUCGCCUCUCCGAUCGAACAGCCCGUGGCUCAGAUAUACUAUAACUCCCUCGGAAAAGGCGGUGGUAUUUUCUUUACCAUUGCCGCAUUCCUUGUUCUGCAAUUUGUCUGUUUUACCGCCACCCAGGCGCUCGGUCGCUCGGUCUUCGCCUUUUCUCGCGACCGACUCCUACCUUUCUCAACUACCUGGAUCCAGAUCAAUAAGCGUACGAACACACCUCUAUACGCCGUUUGGAUUUGCAUCUUCUGGAUUAUCGCCAUUAAUCUCAUUGCAUUGGGAUCUUACACUGCGAUUUCCGGGGUCUUCAACGUCUGCGCAAUCGCCUUUGAUUGGUCUUACUGCAUCCCUAUCGCCUGUAAACUUAUAUUCGGCAAAUUUGAGCCGGGGCCAUGGUCGAUGGGCCAGCCAAUGGUUUCGAAAUUGGUGAAUGCUUGGGCGUGCUUGUGGACUUUGUUCGUGAGCAUCAUCUUCAUCUUCCCCGACUAUCGACCAGACACCAGUGCGAACAUGAAUUACGCUAUUGCGUACGUCGCUCUGAUCGCUGUUGCGUCGACCUCCUUAUGGUAUGCUGGGGGUCGCAAAUACUAUACCGGUCCGUUGGUCGAAGUAGAUGCUCAAGAGGUGGUGGACGUGGGCGGCGGUGAAUUUCAACUCACUCAGGGCUGCGAGGAGCAGGUGGGCCAGGGCGACAAGCACUCGGUGAGGCAAUCCGUGGAAAUAAGCUGA